AUGGAACUUCUUGUAUCGAGCAGCAACGGCGAUCUCCUUUCGGACUGCUCUGAUUCGAACGCUGUGCUUGGCGACGAAAGCCUAGCAAUUGAUGACGGCGAGGACGAUGCUAGCGGCGACGACCUCGACACUAGCAUGGAGUAUGGAACGUCUGUCGGGAAGCUGAACUGUCAGCUGUGCGGCGUAUCGGUGGCCGAUAAUCCCAGCUCCCUUGGACUUCACGUGCGCAACCAUUUGCAGUACAAACCGUCGCCGAUCCGAUUGAAAACUGUGGACAGGAAACAACCGGUGUGCGGUGAUCAGUCAGUCAGCUGGUCACAGCCUCAUUCAGCUAACGGAACUAUAAAUGUUUCGACCCGACCGUCGUGCGACCUCUCGCGCCAGACAGAUGAGCUGUCUUAUGUUCGUUGCACCCGUCGUCUGUCGGCGGAGGUUAAGGGGGCCGUCAUCGGCGCCACUUCUACACUUGGCCUUGCCAACGGUACGGCGGCGGUGGCGGCGCGUCGGUGA